UUUACCUUCAGAUAAUUAUAUAAUUAGAUAAUAAUUUAUUUAAAUAACAAAGGAGAAGCUUGGUUAGUUUAACAGCUGUAAAAAUUGCAUUACUAAAUUAAAGAGAUAAUGACGUUUCAACUCAUAUUCCGGUGAGGUUGAAUUUAUAUCGUAAACUGCCUUUUAUUAAAACAGUUGUGAAGUCUUACAUUAACACAGUAGAAACUGUAAGAAAAUUGAGAGAAUGAAUAUGAAAUUCAAAGUUUACAUCUCCGCUCGUUACGUAUUGGUAUUAUUUUUGUUUUUGGUGUUUACGGUGAUGCAUUGUCAAAGAGCUGCGUUAAGUGUGGCAAUAUUAGCUAUGGUUAAUCAUACCGCUAUCUAUAUUAUGCAUAAUGAGACCUAUUCAGAAGAUUGUCCGCAACCGUUACAACAAAAUGAUACGCUAAAUUACAAAGAGGGUUCCUACAUUUGGUCACAGCCAACACAAGGAAUAAUUUUAGGAAGCUAUUUCUACGGCAUGGUGUUUGCUCAGUUUACAGGGGGUGCCAUUACAUACAAGUUCCGCUCAAAGAUAGUUUACGUGAUUUGCACCUUUUUGUCAUCAUUGUUCGUACUUUUGACACCUUUCUCUGCCGAAAUUAGUGUUUCAAUCAUAUCUUUGUCUCAAAUUAUUAUUGGAUUUGCUCACGGACUUAUAUUUCAUUCCACUUUCACACUCUUAGCUCAUUGGAGUCCGGAAAGCGAAAAGACAACACUUUCAUCAGUUUCUAUAAGUGGUGUUCAAGUCGGAUCAAUCACUGGUUUAAUCGUGACUGGAUAUCUUUGUAAACAAGGGGAUUGGUCUUUUACCUUCUACAUUUUUGGGACGAUUGGAAUUGUGCUUUCCGUAUUUCUGUUAUUUGUAAUAUAUGAUAGACCACAAGAUCAUCCCAGAAUAUCUGAUAAAGAGCUAAUAUUUCUAAACGAAAAUAUACCAAAUAUCAGUUCGGUAGAAAAAAAGCCGAAAGUUCCAUGGAAAGCUAUAUUAACUUCCAGAAUAAUAUGGGUGAGUUCUUUCACAAAAAUAUGCUGGGGUUUUGGUUAUUAUUCCUUGUUGACUAAACUGCCAUCAUAUUUGAAAUUAGUACUUCAUUUUCCUAUUCAACAGAAUGGCGUUAUCAAUGCACUGAUUUACUCAGUAGAUGCUAUAACAAUAUUUCUUUGUGGAUUUAUGGCAGAUUUUGUUAGGCGUAAAUUCUUCAGUAUGACUACUACGAGAAAAAUUUUUGAAGCAUUUGGUACUCUUGGUCCGUCGUUUUGUAUUCUAGCUAUCACUUUCUUAGGUUGUGAUAGUACUAAAGUAAUUAUGUGCUUAACUGCAGCAAUGGGAUUCUUUGGCUUUUGUGUUGCAGGAGAUAUUUCGUUAGUUUUUGACUUGGCUCCCGAUUUUGCAGGUGUUCUCUACGGAUUAACAAACGGUUUGUCUAGCAUCACAGGAAUAAUCUCACCUUAUGUUGUAGGGCUUAUAUUAGACGAAAAUCAAGGAGAUAUGGUUCGAUGGAGUUACGUAUUCUAUAUGGCAUCUUCUUUUUAUUUUAUUAGUGGUAUGAUAUUUUUAUUAGGAGCUACUGCAGAGCUUCAACCUUGGGCUAUCGCAAAAUCAUCCGAUAAAAAAGAAGUAAAAAAUUGAUCGCAAUAAAAUGAAGUCCAUUUAGAGAUUUUCAU